GUCGUCACCAGCUCCAGGCACACUGCAGGCCAUGCUAAAAGAUGCAUCGAGUCCUGCAGAUACCGGAGCUCAGAGAAUAUAUCUUCCACCUCAUCAACAAGAGGAGCGCUUACGCCAGUCUCGCAGCGGUUUGCCGCGCAUUUCAAGAUCCAGCGCUUGACGCGCUUUACGGAGAUGUCGACGACUUUUGCAACCUCUUGAAGUGUAUGCCUGGAAAUCUUUUUUCGUAUCAGAUAUACAAGCCUACUCUGAACAUGCCAAUGCUGUUUUUGAAGCGCAACAUGACAUCGGGCGACUGGCACACCUUAUCAAAAUACACUUCACGCGUCCGCUCUCUUCAAAUCACCUGGGAUCUCUCGGAAACCGACACGAAGCCCUAUGCUCUUCUGGAGGAUACAGUCUGCUACGCUCUCGCCCGCUGUGCCUUUCCAGGUACGAUGUUCCCCAAGCUACACACCCUCCGGCUUAUCGGGCCGGAACGAGCGGGGGUUUCGAUGUUGCAGCCCUUUCUGCUUGGUGAGCGACUUCGCCAUCUCUACAUCAGCCCGUGUAAGGUCUUUGUCGACGACGUCUACAAACACAUCCCCUACCUCCCCUACCUCUCUCCACUUCUCGAGACACUAGUCAUUGACUUCUCCUCAAAUGUGGAGACUACCCCUGGACAGCUCUCCAUCGAACUCCUCAAACCCACUGCGGACAUGGCGAGUGUCCUUUGCCAGAUGAACAAUCUUCAACGCAUCGGCUCCGGGCCUAUGAGCGAAUGGAUCCUCGCCCACUUGGCAUCUCUUCCAAAACUCAGCACGUUGACCCUGAUGGUGUUCAAAGAAUGCGGGUGGCUAUCUAGCCCGUCGUCAGUCAUCUCGGUCCCCAAGCUCACUUCACUAACGCUUCAAGCUGCGGAGUACGAAACAGCCACCCUCGCACUUAGGAAACUGGCCGACUCGGCGCGCAGACCCGACCAGCUCAGCGACUCACCCGUGCUCGAGCUGCGCACAGUUGGGCUGGAGGUACUCUGGGUGCUUGCCACGGGCGGGAGCCUGUCUGUCUUUACUUCCGCACUCGCGUCCUGCACGUCCCCCACACAUCUCCAGGAGAUUAUCAUCUCGAACCGCUCGCCAAACGGGGCCAUGACGAUCCCGCCGCUUCAACUGUUAACCCCAAUCACUUACGACGACUUGCGGCCGCUUGCGGCAUUCUCGAAGCUCACUCGACUUUCCCUCUCCUUCGUGUUCAUUCCCUUCCUCCCCCGUGAUGCCUCUAAAUUCUUCGAUCUCCUCCCUAGCUGGCCGCUACUCGAGAUCCUCGAAGCGCGUCCUCUCCACCUCGACAUCGCCACGCUCGUCCAUAUCCUUCGGGCCCUAACAAAACUAUCUAUCCUCUCUGUCGACGUCAUCGUGUCGGAUACCGAGCUCGAGGACUUGUCCCAGGAGGAGACGUUCAAAGCGCUGCCGAGCAACGAUCGCAUCCGGAGCAUGACAUUCGGCGAAAGGUACGAGUGGAGCAGCCUGCGGAGGUACGAGCCUCUCUUCCAGAGGCUCAUGCCGCGCGCGAGGUGGUUCUGGAGCAAUAUCGCAGUGGUUUCGCGGACGGCGUAGGGCAGGCUGUUGGCGUGAGGAGAGGAUGCAUUGGAUAGCACUAGUACGAUACCAAGUCAGAUGCGUUUUGUAGACGUUCGGUUAUCUUUAUUUUUUCCC